AUGGACAUUGUGUUGCCUCCAGAUGAUGACGGGAUUAGUUUUGGCGUUAGGGCCAAAGCUGUAGAAGUGUUGCCUCAGGAUGACCAUGGGCUAAGUUUUGGCAUUGGGGCCAAAGCUGUGAAAAGAACACUUGUGAAACCAAAGCAGGCUUCAUCUUCUUCUGCUGGCAAGACUUUGAGGAAUCUGCCCAGUGGAGUUGACUUGCCGCCAGAUGUGACUACAUGCACUGUCCUGCCAAUGCCAAGUCACCCUGAUCGAGAUGCAAGGGUAAUGGAUACAAGAAAGAAACGACAUGCUUUUUGCAAGGCUGCGCCACGUUUGGCACCUUUUAGUGGGUGCAUGUGCCAGAAAGAGCACACAUACCCUCAUGAUGCUGUCUUUGAAGUGUUUUCACCACCAAGGUUGGUGACUGAGGCCGUGAGAAGAGGCCUGAAGGCCAGUGUCUCACUAGAUGUGAAGACAGGAUGGGACGCUUCUCUGAGUAGUGAGAAGCAGCGUGCGCGGACAUUGCUGGGUUUACACAAGCCAUGGAUGUUGAUGGCUUGCCCUGAGUGCACAAUGUACUCAAUUAUCCAGCGCAACUGCAACAUCCCCAAGAUGAACCCAGAAGUGGUGAAAGAACGUUUGGCUGUAGCUGAUGACCAUUUGAAUUUUGGUUUGGACAUGUGUUUGGAGCAAGGCCUGGCAGGCCGCAAAUUUAUCUUUGAACAUCCUGGAGGUGCAAGCUCUUGGCAAUCUCCAGGUGUUGGGCGUGUUUUGCAGCAGAUUCCAGAGGCUCGAAUCAUUGGCUUUUGUCAAUGCAGAUUUGGAUUGGUUGCGCCUGAUGGGCAACCCAUGCAAAAAGUCACAAGAUUUUUGACAAACUCAGCAGCCAUUAUCCAAAUUUUUAGUGGCUGCAAUUGCAUUUGCAAGUUGUUGGGCCGUUCACAUGUGAAGAUCGAGGGGUCCAUGAAUGGUUAUAGUUUGUCAAGGUGGGCUCAGUGUUACCCACCAAUGAUGGUGUCAGCUAUCUUGGAUGGUGUCCAACAAGAGAUGCCAUAG